AUGGGAAGUGAAUCAUCAGCACCGGUUACUUAUGGAACAAGGCUUCUAAAUGAUAUAAAAGUUGAAUGGAAGAAAGUAGAAAUGGACGCAAAGUUGCCAUCUCGUGACGGACAUUGCGCGGCCGCCAUUGCAGAUAAACUUUACGUAUUUGGCGGAGUUCGUUGGCUUUCUGAUCUUGAGGAAGUGACAGAAUCCAACGAAAUUCUGGUUUUCGAUUCUCUCUGUAAUUUUUCGAAAGCUUCUCACACAUUGAACAAGAUUAUCACGGGAGGUGACGUUCCAUCGGCCAGAUCCUCCGCAGCUGUGGCUGCAGUGGGAAUGAAACUGUAUGUUUUUGGUGGACUGAGUAGAGACUGUGGAUGGCUGAAUGAUCUACACGCUUUUGAUACUGAAACAAAGCAGUGGCAAAAUAUCACAUGCAAAGGCGUCCCUCCAUCUCCACGUGAUAAGCUAUCUUGUGUUGCUAUGGGAACCAAGAUUAUCUUCUUUGGCGGAUUUGGUCCAUUGGAGAAUUUGGAGACAGAAAAAUCUGAGCAGGAAGAAGCAGAGUUUGGUUGGUUCAACGAUCUCUUCAGUUUUGAUACAGAGAACUGUACAUGGGAAAAGCUCACUCCUUCAUUUACUGGAUCUCCAACACCCAGAGCAGCUCAUGGAAUGUGUGCUGUUGGAUCAAGACUUGUAAUCUUUGGAGGCAGAGACAGUGUUGGUAGAAAGAAUGACAUCUUUGUUUUGGAUACAGACACAAUGGAAUGGAUCUCAAAGCCAACCUCAGGACGACAGCCAGAGCCUCGUUCAUUCCAUACAUGCACAGCUGUAGGUAACAGAGUGGUAGUUUUUGGUGGAAGAAGUUUGGAGAAUGCACAUUUUGAUGAUCUGCACAUUUUUGACACAGACACAAAUGAGUGGCUGCAGCCAUCAACAUCUGGUAGCAUCCCUCAUGGCAGGGGGGUACACACAGCCACACUGGUGGGAGACCAGUUGGUACUUUAUGGAGGUUCAUCUGAUUUUGAUGGAGAAACAAUGCAGUGUCAGGAGUAUCAUGGGGAUGUAUAUCUUAUUGCAAAAGAACAAUUCUUGUCAGGGAUGUCCCAAGGUCCAGACCCUAAUGAUGUUCCUCCUGUUUAAGCUCAAGCUCCCUUAAUGACUGGUGGAUUUGCUAAUUUUCAAGAAUGUCAAACAAUUGAGGAGGAAGACAGCAGUGAAUAUGAAGAUUCAUCAGAUGAGCAAUAGAGAAACAAAGUUAUUCUUCUUACUUUAAGAAGAGAGGCUGCAUUCAAGGGAAUUAACUUAUGUACAUGAGCAGUAGCUGGUAAUGAAAUGCUUUUGUUUUAAUCACCUGUACAACAAUUUUUCCACUAAAACUGUUUUGAAUUUUUUUUUUUUAAAGAUUAUCCAGCGGUUGCUUUGUAGAUGAUAAAGCCACCAUCAAUGACACAAUACAAUAUUGCAUAAUAAAAGCUAAUCCACAUUUUAUUGUGAUUUA